UACACGAGGAAAGGAUUCAAAAAAUAAAAAAAACUUCAGUAAUAGCAGCAAAGAAAAGAGAGAUGGAUUUCAGUGUUCUCAAUGAAGCGUUGGUCUCUAAAUCCUUCAAUAAGAUCGCUGAUAUAUGCGAUAAUCUCAUGCUUCAGGUAGCAGCCGAGGGCGUUCCUUUUCGAGACGAAUGGCCUUUCGCAAUUCAUCUUCUGGGUCACAUCUACAUCGAUGAUAUUAAUAGUGCAAGGUUUCUCUGGAAAUCAAUACCUCCUGCAAUCAAAGAGAGCCAACCGGAGGUGGUUGCGGCCUGGAAAAUAGGUCAAAAGCUGUGGACAAGGGACUAUGCUGGUGUCUACGAGGCUAUUCGUGGUUUUGAUUGGACUCAACAAACACAAGUUCUUGUUGCUGCUUUCUCAGAGCUUUACACUAAGAGGAUGUUUGAACUGCUGCAAUCUGCUUAUUCGACAAUAAGCAUCCAAGAUGCAGCUCAAUUUCUUGGAAUGAGUGAGGAAGAUGCCUCGAAUUAUGUACUCGGACAAGGUUGGACGGUCGAUCCUACUUCUCGAAUGAUAACCGUGAUGAAGCAGGCUAUCGUGAAGGAGCAGAAGUUAGACCCGGGCAAAUUGCAGCGACUAACUGAAUACGUCUUCCACCUCGAACAUUAAAUCAUGUCUGUAAUUUCUGUGAUUUUUUGACUGUCUUGUUGAAAUUUUCUUUUAAGCAAA